CGAGCCCCCCGCCCGGCUCCCUAGCCAUGCUCCGGGGGAGGCUCCGCGCUGCCGGAAGGCCAGCUCACCUCUCCUUCUUGCACUCCCUGGCCAGGACACCCACAGCAACGUAUAGAUGGCCUCCAAACGGCAGGUGGAAUCUCUGGACCAGGUGAUCUUCAACAAGCUACCUCGGCUGGAGACGGCGCCCGCCGCUGCCUUCCCCUCCAGCCUCUGCAAAUCCAGCCCUUUGCCCAACCCUGCCUCUGAAAACCACUUCAACUACAAGGGCUCCUACUUUGCCUGCCCCCUGCCCAGCCCUGAUGGCCCCGAGCAGCCCCUGGCCCGUUGGAGCCCAGCGCCCUCCUCCCUGCACUACGGCAGCGCCGCCGCCGAGGGGCUGCUGGGGGGCUGCCUGCUGUACCCCCCCCCGAGCCUGGGCACAGGGCUGCAGCCCCUGCCCGCUGAAAAGGGCAAGGACAACCCGAUGCCAGAGCUGCUGAUGGCCGGGGAGAAGUGGACCAGCUCGGGUCACCCUUUCCCAGUGAAGAAACCGGUGGCGCUGAGCAAGGCGCCCACCCUGGCCGUCCCCAAGCCGGUGUACAGAGCCCCGGCGUGUUUCGUGGACCCCAGGGUGGCCCUGCCACUGGGAGCCCGGCCUGAGAACCUGCAGCAGAGACCAGGGGAUGGAGAGUGGGCUCUGCCCACCCCCACCAGCCACCCUCUGCAGCCCGGCGAGCCCCACAGCAGCAGCAGCGGGCUGCCCAAGAGGGGUCCCCAGGCAGAGCCCACCCUCCUGCCGCUGCACCCCAGCCUGGCCCUGCCCGCCAAGGAGAAGGUGGGUUCCCCCGGCACCUUCUCCCCUUACUACUCCACCUUUGAGAAACACCGAGAUCCCCUUGGCACCCCCUUCCUGGAAGCCAGCUGCCCCACCACCCACGGCCAGAAGAAGGUGCCCGAGGUUCCCAGGCUCAGCCCGGAGCCCUGGCCCAAGCUCCACUCACCCGCCCUCAGCCCGGCGUACCGGGAGAGGCCUCCGGUGUGCUUCCCACACCCCCACUACCCGCUGCCCCUCCACAAGACCACCCUCCUCUACCCACCCCCGACCCCUCCCCUGGAGGCACAGCCCAGCCCCUACAAAGCCUUCAGCUUUGCAGGCAGCGGGGAACCCUUUCCCACCGCUUACCUGAAGCCCCAAGCCCCACGGAGCUACUUUCCCAACCCCUUGGACACCUACGUGCCCAGGGCAGCCGGCGCCAGCACCGUGGGCUCCCCACCCACCAAGCCUGCAGCUCUUCCCAGGGAUGCUGAACCACCACGGCCACCUGGCUACCUGACAAGCCCUGGGUUUGCCUUCAGCCCUGGUGACGGGGCAGUGUUUGGUGCCUCCUUGGUGGGCACGGAGCCGGGCUGCCAGCGGCAGCGGGCAGAGAGCCCCCGGCAGCCGGCGAGACACGCCAGUGCCUUCCAGCCUGUCUGCACCCCUGAGAAGGUGGCUGGGGGCUCCAGUGGGCUGGCACCCAAAGGAGAAGGGGGCUGGGUGAAAGGCAGGCAGGGGGAGCAGGAGCCUCCUUACUUGGGGAGGAGUAGGGCGAGCCCAGCUCCCCAGGAGACCCACCACAGGGGUCCCCCAGCUCCUCCCGUCAUCCCGGGGAAAGGAGAUGCCUGCAAGGUCAAGGAUGCAGCCAAGAAGCUUGUUGUCCCUUCUCCAGCCACCCCUCCUCCGGGGGGGCUGAAAGACCCCAGGGAUGGUGAGAUGUCUCCUUCCUCCCCCCCCAUGCCAGUGAUCAACAAUGUCUUCAGCCUGGCGCCUUACCGAGACUACCUGGAGAGGACUGAGGCCUCAGGCCAGGUCCCCUUCCCCAGGGACCACCUGUGGGGGGACACCCCACCCCGACACACGGGGGGCAGCCGGGAGCCCGCUGCCCUCGGGGACAUCUCGGCCACGUCCAGUGAGACGAUCCAGAGCCAAGAGGAAAGGUGUCAUGGAAAAGCUGAAAAGCCAGCACCCCGAGACAUGGGGUCUGUGGAGAGCAGCCCCAGGGGGGUGGGGAGCGAGGAGCUGGUCCCCGAGGCUGUUGUGCUGGACCUCAGCUUGAAGAAGAGCCUGGAGAAACCUGGGGAGAACCAGGGAGUCACCAGCCCUGGGGAGACAAUGCCAGCCUGGGAGGAUGGAGAGGAGAAGGAAGAUGGAGAGGAGAAGGAGGAUGGAGAGGAGAAGGAGGAUGGAGAAGAGAAGGAGGAUGGAGAGGAGAAGGAGGAUGGAGAGGAGAAGAAGGAGGAUGCAGAGGGGAAGGUGGGCGAGGGGGCCGAGCCCCACUCACCACCCUUGCUGCUGGAGGUCAAGAGCACCUUCCAGAGCUCAGCCACCUUCAUGUUCAAGAAGUUCAAGAUCCGGCGCUCCCUCCCGCCCAGCACCGUGCCCCCCAGGGAGGCCAGAGCCCCCCAGCCCAGCCCCCCAGCUCUGCCAGGGGCUGCCCCGGGCCCACAGCAGCCCCCUCUGCCCGAAGCCCCCCGUGCUCCGGGGGAGGAGAGGGCCUGGCCCCCCGGGCCGAGCGAGGCGGCUGCCCCGCAGAGCUCUGCUGGGCAGUACUUCACCACCCUGCACACCUCCCUCUGCCACCUCAUCUCCUGCUCCGUGGCCCAGUCCUCCCCACAGCUCCUGCGGGAGUGGCUGAAGAAGGCAGAGCCGGCAGAGGAGCUGGGAGAGGCGCCCAAGUUGCCCCCCAAACCCAAGAACAGCUCCAGGAUCCCUGAAUCCCAGAAAGCCACCAAAGGCAAGGAGAUCUGGCUGGCUUUCCAAGACGUGGCCUCUCUCCUCACCAACCUGCUGUCUCAGCUGGAGACCUUCAUGUUCUCUCGCAAGUGUCCUUUCCCCCACGUGGUCCGGGCAGGGGCUGUCUUCAUCCCCAUCCACGUGGUGAAGGAGAAGCUCUUCCCCAAGCUCCCUGGGGCCUCCGUGGACCAAGUGCUGCAGGAGCACAAGGUGGAGCUGCGUCCCACCACGCUCUCGGAGGAGAGGCACCUGAGGGACCUGGAGCUGAAGAGCUGCACCUCACGCAUGCUGAAGCUCCUGGCACUCAAGCAGCUCCCUGACAUCUACCCGGACCUGCUGAACCUCCACUGGCACAACUCCAUCAGGCAGCAACUUGGUCCCAGCGCCCAGGCUGCCCGGCCGCCCUCCAACUAGGCCUGGCACAGAGGCACUGAGAGCUGCUGGCAAAGCACGGGUGGCACCAAGGGAGAGGAGGAGCUGAGGGAUGUGUCCAGGGCACCAGGCCAGCUGCCAGCCCGUGGGGGACAGGAAAGGGAAGGUCCCCCUUGUCCCCAGAGAGGGGUCCCCUCCGGCGGCGAUGCCGAGAUGAAGCAGGUGUGGAUCCCGGUGGAUCUGGGAGAUGUCGAGCUCCUUCCUGCACCCCAGGAUGGGGACAGGUCCUCCUGGGAUGCUGGUGAAGAUGACACUUGGUGGCCGCACGCCCCAGAGAUGCUCCAAGGCCACCAGCAGGGAUGGCCAACGUGGUCUCCUGGCAUCCAGUGGAGACGGGCUGGAACUCAUCCCGGAGCUUCGUUUCUUCUAAUGCAUCAUCUUUUAGUGCCUCUCCCACCUCCAUCCAUGGUGGGGCAGAACUGGGAGGGAAUGACUGGGGUCCCAGCAGGGCUGGAAGGCUGGAACAGCCUCCGUACCCACAAGAGGAGCAUGGAAAUGGCCACACCACCAUCCCCAGCCUUGGGGAAAGGCUGGCGACUGCACAGAUGAUCUCCCACCUCCUGUCCUCCCUCCUCCACCUCACCUCUCCUGCUUCACACCUGUCCUUCCCAAUAAACAUCCCUGUCUCCUGGCUUUUCAUCUUGAUGCCCAACCUUGGAGGGUCAAGGGAAUCACAGCUUCUGUAGUUAACAGGACUGAUGGUUUUGGUGUUUUAAAUGAAGACAUUUUAAAAAUGUUACCAAUUGACCUUUAUAAGGAGCUGCUGCCUUCAGGUUUUCUGGGUUGAUUUUUUAAAAAACAUAGUAAUUUAUACUUUUUUUUCUAAUUUAAACUCGUGUUUUUACUCUGCUGGACCACAGGGGUGGGAGCUUUGCAGUUUGGCCUGAGGGUUUCAGUCCAGAAAGAGCCUCCAAGAAGGAUUUCAAGACUGUUCCAGGACAACCAAACCACUUGACCCAACACAGAUUGUCCCAGAGGAGAACCUGGGAGGUGCAGGUUUGGGGAUAACCUUUGGAGAGUGACAACACCGUGGUGACCUGAGGAGCAGGAGAGGAGAAGAAGGCAGGGAGACCUUGGAAGGAGAGAUCAUUACCCUCCUGGUGGGCACUGAGGGGGUGGUGGGUAUCCCAGGAGGGAUCCCAGCAGCCAAGGAUGGACAGAUGGAUUGACUGUCACCUGCUCUGCAACAGAGUGACAGGCAGCAGAGGCCUUACAAACUCAACACUCAGGUUGAUGGAGGGUGUGGAGGAACAAAAAGAGGAUUUUCUUAUGCUUUAUUUUCUAGUUCACUACAGGAAAUAUUUAUUUUUAGAUGAAGAAAAACAGAGAAGAGAAAAAAACAACAGGAAAAAACCACCACCACCACCAACCAACCCCACAACAACCCUACUCAAACUGCCACAGACUGGGUGGUUUUUUCCUGUGGUGGUUCCUGCAGGUGCCUUUCUGGUUUUCUACUGGGAUGUACUGGCCAUGUGAGGGGAUGGGAAGGGGUGGGGACUCUGGUUCUUGCUCUCCCUUGCCACGCUGGGUCCGUGCAUCGUGUUGUGAAGCAGUAUUUGUCAUCAUCUGGUCAUUUUAUAUAUAUAUAUAUAUAAACAUAAAUAUAUAUAUAUAUAUAAAAUCUCUUGAGGGUCCAGGGAAGCCAGUCCCUUCACUUUAUUUAAUGUUUUGUAAGAAUCAUGGGGUUUUAAGAGGUGCCUGGCCUGAU